AUCUCGCAUUUCCACGCAUCACGGCGCGAUAAUUGAGCACUCUUCACCGCUGAUCCGAAUUAUUUUACAUUCGCAGAUGAGUUUUCAGUGCCCGGCUGAAUAAAACAUGUCACUUUCAGCCGCUUAUUCCAUCGUGCUGCUCGGAUUAAGCUUGCAGGCAGGAAGUGGAGCGACGUCGACGCUGACCAAAGACUUUCAUAAAUUCCUGGACGUGGUCACUUUUGAGGAUUUCGUCUCGCCUUUCCUGCACACGUACCAGGAAAACGAGCAGUUUGCCAGAAGCGCCGACUUCCUCGUUUCCCAGCGGUUUAAUGAUCUGCUUGACGAGCUCAUUGCCUCUGUUUAUUUCGAGGAGUACCGAAAUUUACUGAUGGAGCACGGCGUGCCGGCGCAGCUGUGGCUGGAAAAAGCGCGCGCCAUGACCCACAAGCCGCCCUUUCCGGUGCCGCAUCCUGCCGAGCCAGAAAAAACGGCGGCGCUUGAUAAGGAUUUUAUGCCGUUCAUCUACAACAUGAUGCCGUAUUUCAUCCUGACUGACAUAAGGGACGUGUACUUCUACGUGAGCAGGACCAGCGUCCCUUUCAUGGAUCUGCUCCAAUUCCUCGCCUCGGACGAAUACAAAAACACUCUCAGCUUUCUGGUCGAGUGUCCGCAGUACCAGGCACUCAUCGACACCCUCCAGGACAACGGAAUCGACGUGCUCAAAAUUUAUAAUUACUUGAAAAGGGAAUUCGAGCUGGCGGACGAUUAUUGAAA